AUGAAAUGGUUUUCAUUAUGUCUUUUGAUACAUGUGGUGGUUGGAAAUGACGGUAAUGGUGGGUGGGUAACUAGAGAAAAUGAUAUAGUAGCCGAGGAGGGACCAUGUAAUAUUGAACGCCAUGAUGCUUCUGAGUUGACUAACGAGGAAUUCUUGAAAAGAUAUGCUUUCAGUGAGCCAGUAGUUAUCUACAACAUUGAUAAUGAUAACUUCCGUAAGCUGACUGAGAGGAGAAGAAUGAUUCUGGAUUGGUCUGAAUCAGAUGUAGUUCUGAACUCAGCUAAUACGUAUAGUUAUACCAGGGUCCCUUCCACCUUCGGAGAUUAUGUUGAAAAUUUGUUGAAGCCGCAAAACUUAGAGACGCUUGGGAAUGAAACUCUAUACUUGUUCGGGGAUAUUGACCAAAAGCAUUGGGCGCCUUUGCUCGAGAGCUAUAAUCAACCAAAAUGGUCUCUGCCUGGUCAUACGGCCGCUCUAAGUUUUGGAAUAGCUGGGGCGGGAACAGGAGUGCCUUUUCAUUUCCAUGGACCAGGGUUCGCUGAGAUCGUUCACGGGAGCAAGAGAUGGUUUUUAUAUCCAUUCGAGGACCAGCCCGAGUUCAAUCCUGAUCAUACAACUCUGGAAUGGUAUUUGAAAGAGUACCCAAAACUUCCUCGAGAAAAAAAACCAUUGGAAUGCCUAAUGAAGCCUGGAGAAGUGAUAUACUUCCCUGAUAAAUGGUGGCAUGCUACUCUCAAUUCCGAGACUAGUGUGUUCAUAAGUACUUUCCUGAGUCCUUAG